AUGACGUCAUCACGCUGCGCACGACCUCGCUCGCGGACAUCGCCGCCGUCGGACCCUCGGCUCGGCCGUCGUCUCUGUCUCACCUUCUGUGUCUAUCUACAGUCACCUUCUUCACUUCUGGGUUUAUUCACCAACAGGACUUUCCUCAUUAGAGGAGUUUGUGAAAGUUUUUCUGUGUUUUUUCCUCUUCAGCACAUCCACGGUCAUAAAGGCCCCAUCACGGCCGUGUCCUUCGCUCCGGACGGACGCUACCUGGCCACAUACUCCAACGCUGACAGUCACAUCUGCUUCUGGCAGAUGAACACAUCAAUUUUGGGCAGUAUAGGAAUGCUAAACUCCGCCCCUCAGCUGCGCUGCAUGAAGACCUAUCAGGUCCCCCCGGUGCAGCCGGCGUCUCCCGGCUCUCAGAACUCCCUCAAACUGGCUCGUCUCAUCUGGACCUCCAACCGCAACGUCAUCUUGAUGGCCCAUGAUGGCAAGGAGCACCGCUUCAUGGUGUGAAGAUCAUCACAUCGGCCCCGAGCUCAGGCUCUUGUCUAGAACUUCAGGACCGCGAACCUCCGAGCAGAACCGAACCCAGGCCACGCCCGGGAGCAGACGUUUUUAUUCGACACUUUUAGUGUGUUUACAUCUCUGUUUUUUUUCCCCAUUCCACUUUUUAUUUGAACCACUUUUAAAUGUUCUCGUGUGUCUGGUAGUUGAUUGAGGACGAAGGAUUCCGGACAGCCGUCGUCGUCGUCUCGAGUUACGACGGGUCGACGGGGGACAUUUUUACGAUAUGAAGGGAUGAAUUGAUGUUUUCAUUUCAUUUGCACAUAACAAACAGAACCAAAUGUGUUUCUGGCACAUAACCUGAUCUCCCUGGGGCCCCUGCGCUCCUCCUUUUGCCGAACCCUAGUAACCCUGUGAUCGGUGUGUGUGUGUGUGAUCUCCGAAACUAUUCCUGCAUGAGGUACUGAAACUUUAUUCACAUUUCAACCAGACCCGAACGGACCAGAGCCACUUCCUGCGUAGGUGUCGCUUAAGAGAAUAUCAGGCUACUUCCUGUUUCGGUGUAGAAACGUUCUGGUCACUUCCUGUCGUAGCUUCAUGUCUGCCAUAUUUCUGCUGAAUCAUUCGUGAUGACAGGAACUUGUUUUGUCGACGUUCCAUAACUGUAACCGGAUAAAAAGCGCAGCAACGUUUAUUAAUAAGUAAUUAAGAAAUCUUUUCUGGUAAAUCUACUUCCUGUCUUGCCCCAGAAUAAUUAAUGUAGCCACUUCCUGUUUCGGCAGUUAGCAGAUCUGACCAUUUCCUCCUUCGGUGUAAUCGCUAGAUCUCGCCACUUCCUGUUUCGGCAUAGUCGAUUCGAUCGUUUCCUUCGUUCCCCUAGUCAACAGAUCAGACCGCUUCCUGUUUCGAUAUAGUCGGCAAACCCAACCCCCUUUACAAAUAAACCCCGCCCCCUCUUCACGUCGUGUAGGCGUGGCCUCGCCGUCCUGGUCUGACGUAUCACUAAAAGUCUGUAGUCGACGAUCGUGAUCCCGCCACAAAUUGUCGAGUCAUACAUAUCGCAUCGCCGGGAAGACGCCUGAUCGUAGCUGCUUGUGUUUUUUUUCGUAAACGUGUUUUAUUGUUUUUGUUCCGUCUCGUCAGCAGUCGUGUUUGUGUUAUUGUGGAAUAUUCGCUAGUGUGUUGUUGAGACGCCGCUGUAUCGCUAUUUAUCAAAGUAGCCUUUCUUAUCUGGGCUUUGGAGUUAGCAUGUGUUGCUAAUGUUGACAAGCCUACUACCACACACACACACACACACACACACACAAACACAAACACACACACACUCAUAUACCAUGUGCUGUAGAUACUGGCUCAGAAUAAAUGAAGGUACAAAACUAUUUUUGACCAAUGUUUGUGUGUGUGUGUGUGUGUGUGUGUGUGUGUGUGUGUGUGUGUGUGUGUGUGUGUGUGUGUGUGUUAAACAAUGGAGGUAGUAGUUUCUCUCAUGACCACUGAUGUCUGAGAUAAAGAGAAGAAUGUACUUCUACUUUGAGAGCAUCCUCCAUUUCUCCAGUUCUGCGUCUCGACCCGUCGAUCAUGACGUCAUCGCAGUGACGAUGUGACGUCUCCGUUUCUCUGAAAUAAACGAGUAGAAGGAGAGAAAACAGCAGAGACGUCGACUAACCGAACGUCCAGCAAGUCUUCUGUUCUGUUUUCCUUCUCCUUCUCUACAGUGUGGACCCCAUAGAUGUACACACACACACACACACACACACACACACACACACACACACAUACACACACACACACACACGACUGAAUCCUCUCAGUAUAUUGAGACGUGUGUAAGUCAGAGUUAAUAAAGCCCUUAUUACAGUGUAACAGUGUUAUUACAGCCUUAUAACUGACUCGUAAACACGAAGCUCAGACAUUCAGACAGAAUUAAUACAAAAUUAAACCAAAAUCCUGUCAGUUGUUUAAACGUCCACAAAAGUGUGUGUUAAUGACGACUGACAAAAAUAACGGAGGCUCCUGAUCUGGUGUUUAACUUCGUUUUCUUUCUGUGAUUUAACGUCUUCAGUCAAAAGAGUUUGUCAUUUUUAUCUAUUAUAUUUUUUUUCUACAUUUAUUUAUUUAUUUAUUUAUUGUCUAUAGAUUGCUUCGGUAUCAUAAAGCAGAGAGGUUCAUUUUUAAUGGUUAAAUUUUAAAAUUUUUCAGUUAAAAUAAUUUUUUUUAAUUUUUUUUUUUUUUCAUUUUAUUUUAUUUUUUUGUUAAUUGACUUUUUUUUUUUUUUUUUUUUUUUCCUCCAGUGGUAUAAAAAAAGCCUAAAUGUUGCUUUGGAAUAUUGAUAGAAAUAUAUUUUACGUUUAGAGAAACGUUAUCGAUUUUGUAAAAGGUCGAUUUGAUUUUUUUGAGAAUCUCAGAUACAAAAACGAAUGAGAAGAAAUUAAAGAAAUAAAUAAUUCCAUAUUUGUAUAUUUACGACGGCAUCGUUACUACAGGAGUUACGGUGUUUAUUACAGUGUUAUAAGGGCUUUGUAGAACUAGAGAGUGACUGAACUGGGUGCUGAGGAUUUAUCCACACACACACACACACACACACACAACACUAUCUUUUUCUCUCUUUUGUGACUUCAUGACAAUUUCCGCAUCAUCUUUACAAUCACUCGCAGCUCCUGUGUGAGGCGUGUGUAUGUUUGUGUUUGUGUGUGUGUGUGUGUGUGUGUGUGUGUGUGUGUGUGUGUGUGUGUGUGUGUGUGUGUGUGUGAGAGAGAGAGAGACUAACAUUUACUGAAUAUAUUGAGCUGUACUGUAACGCUGUGUUUGAAGACGAUGCUGUUGGUUGUGUACAACUCUGUGUUCAAUAAAAUGAAAGAUAUCUGA